AUGCACCCAGGAAAUGAGACCACUGUAACAGAAUUUAUUCUUGUUGUAUUUACUGUCAUUCCAGGACUUGAAUAUUUAUUUUUUACUCUGUUUUUAAUUAUCUAUGUAAUAACCGUUCUUCGAAAUACAUCUUUCAUUUUUGCAUAUUCUCUUUGUUCAGACCUACACACGCCCAAGUACUUUUAUCUUACCAAUUUCUCCUUCUUUGAAAUAUGUUAUGUUUCCAUCACUGUUCCAAAGCUUUUAUCAGACUUAUUAACAGAAAGUAAAACAAUCUCAUUCUAUGGUUGUGCCGCGCAAAUGUACUGCUUUUUUCUUCUCGGUGGCCUGGAGUGCUGCAUGCUUGCAGUUAUGGCGUACGAUCGGUAUAAUGCUAUAUGCAACCCCCUUUUGUACCAAACUAUUAUGAGCAAAAGGGUGUGUGGUCAGCUCUUGGCCGGGACAUGGAUCAUUAGUGUGAUAAACUCUCUAAUACACACUAUUCUUACAUUCACGUUGCCUUUCUGUAGUAAUAUGAUCAAUCACUUCUUUUGCGACAUUCCUCCUUUACUGAAACUGGCAUGCAGAGUAAGCAUAAUGAAUGAAAUUGCCCUCUUUGCCAUUGCCGGCUUCAUUAUUACGGGCUCUUGUGUUUUUAUUGUGAUUUCUUACUUGCGAGUCAUUGCAACUAUCCUGGGUAUCCAUUCUACUUCUGGCAGGAGGAAAGCCUUCUCAACCUGUUCCUCACACUUGACAGCAGUUACAAUAUAUUAUGGGUCUGGUGCUUUUAUGUAUUUAAGACCCAAACCAAACCAAUCAUUGGAUCAGGACAGACAGAUUGCUCUUAUGUACACUGUAAUUGCACCACUGCUGAAUCCUUUAAUAUAUACACUCAGAAAUGGGGAUUUCAAAUUAGCUUUUAGAAAGAUAAUACAACAUAUGUUUUCUCCAAAAUUCUAGUUGCAUUUGUGUACAUGGCACUACUUACUGUAUAAUCCAGCUGCAUAAUAAAAGCCAGUGGUGCUUAUCUAUAGCUGCAGUGACGUGCACAGGUCACAGAAAUGUAUCAGUGAUAACGGCUCCAGUACAGUAAGUGUGAUCCAUCAAUAGUCUCUAUAGUGAGCACAAGACAAAUUACAUUGGCAGCGUCCUUCAGGUGUAAAGAUAAACAUACGAUUGCAAGUGCAAGUUCAAAGUGCAAA